AUGGCGUCGUUCGAGACAUUUUCAAAUGUGCUGACGACGUUUAGGAUCGUGGACUAUCUUCUUUGUGCUAUUCUUGCACUUACUGGCAUGAUCAUUGCAAGAAAUGUUCGCCCGCAUUGUCGUCCUUUUUCAUGGAAUGACACAACAAUUGCGUAUGAUUACGCCGGAAACGAAGCAUAUCCUUCUUGGUCAUUGAUAUUCAUCGCCAUCUUGCCAGUUGUGGUUUAUGCCACCGUGGAGUUUAUCCGCGCGCUACUGUGGCGGGCCGGCACAACACUGUCUGCUGAUAUGGCCCCCCUUGAUGCCGAAUUAAACCCCGUUACAGUGGAUGUUGCGGGCCAAGAAGGAACCACCGUCCGACGGUUGCGUGUAGAAAACGUUAACAGUGGCGUUCCCGGUGCAUCAGAAGGAGAAGAAGGACGAGAGGGAACACUUGGUGCUGGUACACGGUGGUCGCUAUUUACGGAAAAACUUAAUCACUGGGUGCUCGCGCAGGCUUUUGCUGUGUGUUUGUGCCUUUGUAUUGUUGAUGUUACAAAGGUGUAUGCUGGCCGUCUGCGUCCUGACUUUCUCGCGCGAUUGCUUCGAGCGGGUUAUAACAAAGAAUCCGAAGGCGUGGACUGGUGUUAUGUUGCGCUAGGGGGGAGAAAGUCAUUUCCGUCAGGUCACAGCGGCGUCGCGUUUGCGUCCGUUGUCACGUUGGUGCUGUACUGUCUUGGUCAGCUGCAAGCAUUUCAUUUUGCGUCCCUUUGGCGCACUGUGAUGAGUCUGCUGCUGCUAAUUCUCCCAAUUGCAGUCGCUGUUUCGCGGACGCGUGACAACCGUCAUCACUUUUCUGAUAUCUUGGCUGGAAGCGUCAUCGGAACCUGCUGUGCACUUUUCUCCGUGACCCUCUUGUUUCGUUUGUCGGGGCGGACAGGAUUUUUCUUACCACGUCGACUGGACUAUGCCUUGAAACGGUGA